GAAAGAAAGACUCGACAGUUGACAAAUUAGGUAGUUUUUUUUUUCCUUCUUUUUUCUUUCAUCUUCUUUCUGUUUGUAGAUUUAUUGUUAUGAUAAAUUAUUUAGGAGAGAGAGAGAGAAAGAAAGAAAAAGAGAGAGUUCAAUUACAAGAGGCCCAGAUGGGUUGCCUUAGAUCCAGGGAACUCAGAGGAAAAAAAGCUGAUGGAUGUGUAGAUAAAGAAGAGUGUAGAGAAGAAGACAUUGACAGCAGGGCUUAAAAGGGUGUCUCUAUUUUUAUUUUAUUUUUAUCUAUUUUAGGCCAAAGUUUCACGAAGAUGGAAGUUGGGAUCCAUUGUUGUUGACUAGAUCUGACUACCCAUUUCGUUUUCAUUACCUUUUAGCUCAUCCAUAUAUUCGAAAAAGUCUGAACUUUGUUUCAUCUUCAUCAACUUUUUAAGUCUUAAUUGCGUUGAUUAGGGAGAUGGAAAAUGGUUUGUUAAAACUCACCAUUCACAUUCCAAGAUCAUCAUUCUUAAAAAAAAGAGUAGAGGGCUGUGAUAGUUUAGUUGAAAAAUGACAAGUUGUGUGGCUUUGGAGGUUUUAGGGGGUAACUUUUUGUACUUCCAAGAUAAGGAUUUUGAUGGAGGAGAUGUCUCCAGCGGUUGCAGUGCCAUUUGGAGCAGGCAAUUCAGUCUGUGAUAACUCAACCAUAGCAGCUACUACUAACCACAUGGAUGUCACAAGACUUAAGCUAAUGACAGACACUGCUGGCUUGUUAUCUGAGUCUGCAGCUGUUGUGCCAAAUAAUGUUUCUACAAAGACGAUAGUAGCGAGUAGUAGCGAAGAGGACUGUGAUUGUAGUAGUAGUAGUGGCUUAGAUAAUGAAGUAGCUGUUGUAGCAGGUUCUGUCCAAAUAGAUAUGAUAUCUCAAAACAAGAGUAAUUGUGUUUCUGGUGAUGAUUCUAUAGCACGCGAGAGUGAGGAAGAAGAUUGUUUAUCUGUCGAGGGCGAUCAGAUUCUUGAUGGCUCGGUGGCGAGUGAGUGCAGUAGUUUAGAGGAUUUUUUUGGCUUUGAGGCUGUUUCUGAUGUGGGAACAGCAUUAAGUUCUGAAGAAGUAGAAAAAAGCCUUUAUAGUGUUGAUGUUGUUGCGAAGAUCUCGAGUUUGGGGGAGUCAAAUGUUGAUUCUAUCUCGGUUAGCCUUGAAGAACUCGGUGAUGGAUCUCGCUCUAAACCAGAAGUUGUUCUCCAAUUGCCUGUGGAAAAAGGGGCGGUGGUUCGCAGUGUGUACGAGGUGGAUUAUGUUCCCUUUUGGGGAUUUACAUCUGUUUGUGGUAGAAGACCUGAGAUGGAAGAUGCAGUUGCAUCUGCUCCUCAUCUUUUGAAAAUUCCAAUCCAAAUGCUAAUUGGUGAUCGAGUCAUCGAUGGCAUGACCAAGUAUUUGACUCAUCAGACUGCUCAUUUCUUUGGUGUAUACGACGGUCAUGGUGGUUCUCAGGUUGCAAACUAUUGUCGCGAACGCCUCCAUUUGGCGUUGGUUGAGGAGAUAGAGUACAUUAAAGAAGGCCUGAUUCAUGGUAGAAUUAAGGACAGUUGCGAAGAGCAAUGGAGAAAGGCAUUCAUGAAUUGUUUUCUUAAGGUCGAUGCUGAAGUUGGAGGGCAAGCUAGUCUUGAUCCCGUUGCCCCAGAAACCGUUGGUUCUACUGCGGUUGUAGCCAUUAUUUGCUCAUCUCAUAUCAUAGUAGCAAACUGUGGAGAUUCUAGAGCGGUUCUUUAUCGUGGGAAAGAAGCUGUUGCGCUCUCAGCUGAUCAUAAACCAAACAGGGAAGAUGAAUAUGCAAGAAUUGAAGCAUCUGGAGGCAAGGUCAUACAAUGGAACGGACACCGAGUAUUUGGCGUUCUGGCUAUGUCAAGAUCAAUUGGUGAUAGGUACUUAAAACCUUGGAUCAUACCAGAGCCAGAAGUGACAUUCCUUCCUCGGGCCAAAGAAGACGAGUGCCUCAUUUUGGCGAGCGACGGUCUAUGGGAUGUCAUGACGAACGAAGAAGUGUGUGAAGCGGCUAGGAAGCGAAUACUCAUCUGGCACAAAAAAAACGGCGGCUCGCUUCCCUCCGAGAGGAGGGGAGACGACAUCGACCCUGCAGCGCAAGCAGCAGCAGAGUAUCUUUCGAACCGCGCCCUUCAGAAGGGAAGCAAGGAUAACCUCAGUGUGAUUGUGGUUGAUUUGAAAUCUCAAAGAAAGUUUAAGACCAAAACAUGAUGAUGAUGAAGAUGAUGCCAUGGUAGACCAUUUGAACUUCAUAUAAUUGGAUUUAUAUAUAUAUAUAUAUAUAGUUCUUUUGCCCAUUUGUUUUUUUUUUUUCACCAGGGCUUGAUUGCUUAAGAGAAAAUAGCAGCCUCUACAUUGUACUUAUAUAGAACACAGUGUCCUCCAUUGUAGAAUUUUCACUGCCAUUCAACAGUUGUGGAGCAGGCUGUGUUAAUCUUUAGAUGCCUUUGGUUGGUAGGGAAUAGGAUUUGAUGAUAUAUAUAUAUAUCUAUAUAUUUAUGCAUUGCAUUGCAGUUCACAAGAUGGGCAAUAUUGUAAUUUUGUAUUAUUCAUUAUGCCUCCGAGUUAAAAGCUGCUCUGUGGGGUGUUUUUAUUUGGUAUUAUUUUAACCACUUGAUCUUUAUAAGAAAAGUAGCAAUUUUAGAAA